ACUGUUAGCAGUCAAACCAAGUCUUCGUCUGAACAUCAAACUGGCAAUGUCCGAGUUUCUGAGCGAUCCUUUGGAACCUUCAGUCGCACAAUUGCCGUCCCUGAAGCUAUCACCCAUGAUCAAAUCAAAGCUAGCUUCACUGAUGGUGUCUUAGAAGUCAAAGUUCCCAAAGUCAAAGUCGACAAGGAAACACGCAGGAUUCAAAUCUCUUAA